CACUAAUACCCCAUCCCCCGACGGGUCCCACUUUCAUUUAACGAGACCUAUGCCACUGGAACGCUUCGACACCAGCUUUUCGAAUUACUCUUGCACCUCAACUUCACAGCUUGUGCUUGAUUCUGGUCGUUCGGAUGGCACGGAAAGGCAACAGCAGAGUCGUGCUUUUGAUUUCUGGUGCUGGCCUUCUCGUUCUAAGCGGAAGCAGUCGCCAGACGCACAGUCUGACCUAGAAAAGAAGACACCCGAAGCUGACAAGUCUGGGUCACCUGGCAGAUGCGCCAAACAUCCAUGGGAUGGUUGGAGAGUCAUUGUCUUGGACUCUUGGCUCAAUGUGCUGCUCGUUCUCAUUCCUGUCUCGUGGAUUCUAGAAUUUACACUAGUCGGAUCAAGUGCCUUAAUAUUCAUUUUCUGUGUCCUAUCAAUGAUCCCUCUUGUCAAAUUACAUGACCUCGCGACCCGCGAACUUGCUAUAAGAAUCGGCGGCUCACGCACUGGCCUGUUAAACGCAAGCAUGGUAACAUUGUGGAACUAGUAUUUGCGAUAAGUGCACUGCGUAAGUGCGAGUUGCGUGUCGUGCAGUCGUCCUUGGUGGGAUCGAUUUUGAGCAAGCUUCUCCUUGUCCUGGGAAUGUGCUUCUUCGCUGGUGGCCUGCGGUUCACCGAGCAAGGGUUCGAUCCAACCGCCACGCAUGUACAGUCGUCGCUGUUGAUCAUCAGUGUCAGCGCUGUGCUUCUGCCGUGCGCGUACCAUUUCACUAUCGGACGAGCGAGCGAGAAGAUAUUUGAUGAGCAGAAGGUGGAUCUCUUGCGGAUGAGCCAUGGUGUUUCUAUCAUCCUUCUGUUGACCUACGCGUCAUACCUUCUAUUCCAACUAUACUCCCAUACGCAUCUUUACCAAGACCGCCUCAAGAAAAGCAUGCCGCACUCGCGGGUCGUCGACUUGCCCAAGUCGUCACCCAGCACGGUAACGCUUAAGGAUAUCAAUGAGCCCCAAGUCCUUCGAAAGGAUACAGACACCAUGUAUUGUUGCAGUGUCCGGUCCAGGAGAUCUUUCUCGCUCUCAAACACUGGUUCGACGAGCGACGUGGACCUCACCGGGGAGGAUAGUGCGACCGUCGUUGGGAGGGAUUCGGACACCAUUGCGUCAAGGGGCGCUGUGCGGGCGCCGGACGUGGAUCCCACUGUCAGGCUUGUCCAGUCGUACUAUGCUGACGACAGACAGACAAUCGUAGUGCUCGAUGAAAAGGCCGACGAGAAACGUAUUGAACACUCGGACUCCCGCCAAAGUGGGGUCCGAGGAACAAACCCUACCACGGCUGAUGAGGACCGACCGACGGACGUGGAGCAUUCCGAGCGUACUGACAAGCACCCUCAAUUAAGCUGGCUCAUGACUCUGGCCCUCCUAACGGCUGUAACAGUUAUGGUUUCGGUCAACGCUGAUCAGCUGGUGGAGUCGAUGGACGGUAUCUCUACCCAUAUCAGCAAGACUUGGAUCGCGCUCAUUCUCUUGCCUGCGGUGGGAUCGAUAGCGGAAUGUGUCACUGCCAUCAACACAUCAGUGAAAGAUGAGCUGACGUUGAGUAUCAGUGUUGCAGUCGGAUCAACCGUUCAAACAGCACUAUUCGUCAUCCCCUUCAUUGUCCUCCUGGGGUGGGUGCUCAACAAGCCCUUGGCGUUACUCUUCGACCCCUUCGAGUCCGUGGUUCUGUACAUUUCAGUCCAUACCAUGAGCUCUGUUGUACAGGACGGCAAGUCAAACUGGUUGGAAGGCGUCAUUCUGAUGUGUUUAUAUUUCAUCAUCGCCGUCUCGUUCUGGUUCUACCCAGGCUCCGACGUCUCCGAGACUCUGGCCAUCUGUACAUAGAGCCUCUCCUUGGAUAUCUGUUACAUUAACGCACAAUAGAGUUAGAAUCCGGACCACUCUCGUCGACUGCAAGCAACCUUCACUUCAUGGACUUCGCGCAUAUACCUUGCAUUAUUGUAAGAAUACCCCUCAUUUUCUUCUCAUAUAGAUUUGUUCCGGCGCACACUACCACCA